ACGCAAAGUUCACCGCGCCACACGCAGAAAAUAUCCAUCCCCCCUCCACCCUCCACUUGCCCUCGCAUCUCCGUCGCUCGAGCUUCUCCGCCCGCUGCCGCACACAACUCCACGCCGUCGCCGACACGACGUCCCCUCCUCCUCCUCCUCUCGUCCCAUCCUCCAUCUCAUCUCCUGCUUCCGGAAUCCGUACCCCAGAUUCGGAGCUACUGCCGCCGCCUCUCCCGUUGUGGUGCUAAGCGCCACCGCAAAGACUCCCGGCCGUGGCGGCGGCCGCGGCAGCGACGGGCUUCGGCGGCGGCACGCGGUGCAUGAGGAGGAGGAGGAGAAGGGGAGGGCAAGGCUGCGGUAUUGCGAUCCGGGGCAGGAGCCGAUGGGGCAAGUGCGGCUGACCCGCGCCUGAGUGACAGAGGGUUGAGAGAUCCAGGGUUCCUGAGCGAGCGGUGAAAGAAAAAGUUGAACGGGGGGCUUCAGCUGCUGGUGACAAGAUGCAGAACAACAGUUUGCGUAAGAAGAAUGCAACAGAGGUAGAUUUCUUCACUGGGUAUGGUGAUGUUAAUCGAUAUGAAAUUCUGGAGGUCAUAGGAAAAGGAAGUUAUGGACUUGUAUGUUCUGCAAAUGAUACACAUACUGGAGAAAAGGUUGCAAUAAAGAAGAUACACAACAUUUUUGAACAUAUAUCAGAUGCUGCACGCAUACUCCGUGAAAUCAAGCUUCUCAGGCUGCUUAGGCAUCCUGAUAUAGUGGAAAUAAAACAUAUUAUGCUACCCCCAUCCAAGAUGGAUUUCAGAGACAUAUAUGUUGUCUUUGAGCUUAUGGAAUCGGAUCUUCAUCAGGUCAUAAAGGCUAAUGAUGAUUUGACGAGGGAGCAUUAUCAGUUUUUCCUGUAUCAGAUGCUUCGUGCUUUGAAAUAUAUCCAUACAGCAAAUGUCUAUCACAGAGAUCUAAAGCCAAAAAACAUACUUGCCAAUGCAAAUUGCAAACUCAAAAUUUGUGACUUUGGAUUGGCAAGAGUUGCAUUCAGUGAUGCUCCCACUACAGUCUUCUGGACCGAUUAUGUGGCAACGAGAUGGUAUAGGGCACCUGAACUGUGUGGUUCAUUUUAUUCCAAGUACACACCAGCUAUUGAUAUAUGGAGUAUAGGGUGCAUUUUUGCCGAGGUUGUGAUCGGAAAGCCACUAUUUCCGGGUAAAAAUGUUGUUCACCAGUUGGAUUUGAUAACUGAUCUUCUGGGAACACCCUCCUUAGAUGCUAUUUCUCAGGUGCGGAAUGACAAGGCAAGAAAAUACCUGACGUGCAUGCGGAAGAAGCAGCCUGCAUCAUUUUCACAUAAAUUUCCAAAGGCUGAUCCAUUAGCAUUACAAUUGCUUAGGAAGCUUCUGGCUUUUGAUCCAAAGGACCGUCCAUCUGCUGAAGAGGCAUUGGCAGAUCCAUACUUUAAUGGAUUAGCAAAGGUAGAGCGCGAACCUUCUUGUCAACCAAUUCCAAAGAUGGAAUUUGAAUUUGAGCGUCGGAGAGCUACAAAGGAGGAUAUCAAGGAACUUAUUUUUCGAGAAAUUUUGGAGUACCAUCCUCAAUUAUUGAAAGAGCACACUAGUGGAACAGAAAGGCCAAAUUUUCAUCAUUUAAGUGCUGUUGACCAAUUCAGAAAGCAGUUUACUCAAGUUGAGGAAAAUGUGAAUGGAAGUGGGGCUACUGUUUCGCUACAGAGGAAGCAUUCUUCUUUGCCAAGGUCAACAAUAGUUCUCUCUACUGCAAUUCCUUCAAAGGAUUAUAAACAUGCGACGUCAUCUAGUACAAAGCAUGCAGUAGAUGGAUGGAAUGCACAGAUUCAGGGAGUACAUGCAAAUAUAGCUGGCAAGCCUUCAACUAUCGGUAGAUCUGCAGUGUUCUCAGGGAGUGUAGUUUCACAGGAUAUGAAUUACCCAAGAAGCUUAGCACCUUCACUUCAAUGGCUACCAAAUAUCACACAUUUUCCGAAUCAUGCAUCGAGUGACCACAACACAGUAUUUAAGGGGUCACUGCUUGAUGCAACGGGCCCAGUCCAAGCCAUUCAUGGAACUACAUACGUAGACUCCAGGUCAGGGAACUUGUACCUCAAUCGGCAUCAUGAUGCUGAAGUGGAUAUACAAAGUGACAGAACUGCUGCACAGGCACACGCUGCUUCUCAUGGUCCAGUUUCAGUUGUGCCUUACAGUCUUCCAGGAAUGUACAGAAUCACCUAGAGUUGUAUCAUGAUUAAUCUGUUCUAUCAUGGACGUCUGCCUUUUCAUUUUUUCCUUCGACCAACAUAGACCUUUGCCAUCAUGCAAUAAAAGGCAGAUGAACUAGGUAUGCCUGUCUUAUGCAUGACCUUAUCUUUCUGGGGCUGCUUAUGCACUUUUGGGGUUUUGCCAGUUUUGAAUCAAAAGCCCAAAAAUAUAUGCUGUGUUUCCUAGUAGUGAGUC